CGUUGAUGUCCGCUUCUGCAAGUAUAGUCACAUUUGUGCUGUUGCUGAAUGGCUGUGCGAGCUAUUGCAACUGGGAUUACGGCUACGAGUCCACGUUGGUGGCAUUUCGAACUACGAAUCCGGCUAAACUGAAUCUUGUGGCGCAAAUAGAGAACCUGGGCUGCGGCGAAUAUUAUACAACGUAUCCAGCUCAGUGCCAGGGCUAUUAUCUGAGGAACAUAUCUCGGACGAUCGCAAUGGGCUGUUACAGGCGCUUCUCAUAUCCUGGCCCCAACUACCGCAGCUGGUCAAUGCAAAUACCUGGCCUAAGAAGACGUUCGAGCUGGAACUACUUCUGGUCCCGCACCUUCAUGUGCCCGAGAACGCGCUCGAGGUCAACAGUAAGGUUAAUUCUACAGUUGCCAGCACGAUUGACUGGAGCUCUGUUCUCGUUCCUCAUAUAAAUAUAUGGAU